CGGGGCCGGAGGCGGGGCCGGGGCGGGCUCGGCGCGGGAGCGGCUGAGAGAUUCAGGAAAAUGAAGCAAAAAGGUGGAGCUCCAGCACCAAGAUGACCUUGGAUUCCCCUUAGGUGGCGUUUCCCUGGGUGUCCUUGUCCUCAGACCCGUGUGCUGUCCCCGUGGUGCCAUGUGGUGGUUCCAGCAGGGUCUGUCCUUCCUGCCCGUGGCCCUGGUGCUGUGGUCGGCGGCGUCCUUCGUGUUCUCCUACAUCACAGCCACGGUGCUGCGCCACGUGGACCCGCUGGUGCCCUACAUCAGCGACACAGGGACGAUUCCACCGGAAAGAUGCUUGUUUGGGAUCAUGUUGAACAUUUCCACCUUCCUGGGGGUGGCCACGAUGUACGUCCGGUACAAACAGGUGUGUGCCCUGAUCCCAGGGAAUUCCAGGAUCCUCAGGCUCAACAGGAUCGGCCUCACCUUGGGCUGGAUGAGCUGCUUUGGCCUCUGCAUCAUCGCAAACUUCCAGAAAUGUGUCCUGUACUAUAUCCAUGUGCUGGGAGCCUGCCUGACCUUCGGGGUGGGAGCCCUUUACAUGCUGCUCCAGACCGUCCUGUCCUUCCACAUGCAGCCGGAAUUCCACGGCAAGGGAAUCUUCUGGGCCCGCCUGGCCGUGCUCCUCUGGAGCUCCUGCAGCAUCGGGAGCAUGUCCGUGUCCUCGGGGCUCCUCUACAGCGGCCGCUACGGAUCCGGCCUGGAGCAGAGGCUGCACUGGGACCCCCAGGACAGGGGAUACCCCCUGCACAUGGUCAGCACCGUCUCCGAGUGGUCCUUGGCCUUCUCCUUCCUCAGCUUCUUCCUCACCUACAUCCGGGACUUCCAGAAGGUGUCCCUGGGGGCCGUGGUGACCCUGCAGGGAUGGACCCUCCACCACGUCCCCCCCCCGGGCUCCGGGGCCGAGGAGCAGGGGCUGCUCUUCCCAGGGAGCAUCUGACAGAGCUCCCGCAACUCAGGAAUUCCUGCAGCAGCAGCAGCAGCAGUUGGUCCUUCCCAGCAUUUCUGCCGUCCCAGCGUCCUGUUCCCCCCCAGCUGUGCCCGACCUGCUGGAGCCGGGCCUGGUCCUGACAUUUCUGCCCCAACGAGGAUUAAAUGAAGGGAAUAACGA